GCUGACGCUACAAGACGCGCCGGAUGUGCCGCGGCGCCACUGCAUUCCGCCAGGUGACGGUUUGAGUUUGAGUCUGAACACCUGCAGCGGGACAAGGCGGACAGACAGGUAGACAAACACGGUCCAGUUCACUCACCUGGACGGAACCCGCCCACCUGAGCCACAGCCGCGGCCUGCUGGCGGAGCGGCUGCCUGCUCGCUGUUAGCCGUUAGCUGCCUGUGCUAACCGGCUGCGUCACUUCCAGGUUUUGAAAGUCGCGGCCAGAGAAGCUGCGGCCGGUCCGACAUGGAGCUACAAGCGGCCUCGGAGCCCAUGGCGCUCGGCUCGCCCGCCUCGCCCAAGCCGCCGCCCGGAGCCCAGUUCCUGCCGGGCUUCCUGAUGGGCGAGCUGCCCGCCCCCGCCAGCCCGCAGCCCCGCCCCUUCAGCCUGGCCACGCCCACCGUGGAGAGCACAGGAGGCUCCGCCCUGCAGCCCGUCGUCCUCACACCCAAAGACAAGAGUGGAGCCCCGCCCGUCCGCAGUAUCCAUGACGACCUCAUUACCGCGUCAACACCCCUCAACACACACAGACAGUCUUUUCCAGUGAUUCAGUCUCCUCUGUCUGCACGUCAGGCCUCGACUCCAGGAACAGGUGUGCAGCAGGUGUGUGUGUCUCCAGCUCAGGUGGACCCGUUCUACAGUCAGGGAGAAACUCUGAGCUCCGACGACCAGCUGGACCAGAGCUGGGUCACCGUGUUCGGGUUUCCUCCAGCCUCGGCCUCCUACAUCCUGCUGCAGUUCGCUCAGUACGGAAACAUCCUCAAACACACGAUGGCGUCCCCGGGGAACUGGAUGCACCUGCAGUAUCAGUCGCGGCUGCAGGCGAGGAAAGCUCUGUCCAAAGACGGCAAAGUGUUCGGAGACUGCAUCAUGGUGGGAGUGAAGCCCUGCAUCGACAAGAGUGUGAUGGAGAGUGGUGAAGCUGUCUCUCCUCCCUGCUCCUCCUCUCUGCUCUCCACUCCUCGCUCCUCCAUCAGGCCGCUGAGCGCCGCCUACAGGAGCUGCAGCAACGACUACCAGGUUGUUGCAGACAGACAGACGCCCAGGAAGGACGACAGCUUUGUUUCCAAGGCGAUGGAGUACAUGUUUGGCUGGUGACACGCAUCACACAAGGCAUUAUGGGAUGCGUGGUGGCCUUGGGGUGUGCGUGUGCGCGUGCAUGCGUGUGCGUGUGAAGGAGGGAAGGACUGAUUGACUGUACUGUGUAUGUGUGUGUGUGUGUGUGUGUGUGUGUGUGUGUGUGUGUGUGUGUGUGUGUGCUUUCUAUUCUGUUUUAAUCUGAUAGUUUUUAUUCCCUCUGUUGUUUCAAUAAAGGUUGAGCGGUUUGAAUCCGGA